AACCCUAUCUUUCCCAACUACACCAUCCUUUCGCUUCACAAAACAAAAUAUUUUCUUCUCAUUCAAUCCCCUUCCAACACGCCCUUAGACUCUUUCUACAGAGUCCUCUUCACCGUUCACAAUCAAAUCCUCGUUUAUUUUAUAAACUUUCAGAUUUCUCACACAGAUUGGAAAACCUAAACCAGAUCACCCGAUUUCAAUCUUCUCAACUUAAAAACAGAGAGGACAUAUCUCUGCUCUCUGUAUAAUCGGUUCUUCUUUUUUAUCACCGAGAUAAUCAUGAUGAUGUCUCGGAACUGUUCUCAGUGUGGGAACAAUGGUCAUAAUUCCAGAACUUGCGGUGAUGUUAAUGUUAAUGGUAACAGCAAUACUCAUGAUGAUGCUGGUAAUAACAACAAUACCAAUGGGUUUAUGUUGUUUGGUGUUCGUGUUACCGAAGGUUCUUCGAAUCCGAUGAUUCGUAAGUGUGUUAGUAUGAAUAAUCUAUCUCAAUAUCAACAGAUUCAAGAGCCAGUAAAUGUCAAUACUGCUAACAUUAAUACGAAUACUAGUGCGCAUGAUCAUGAUGCUUCUUCUGGUUACGCUUCUGAUGAUGUUGUUCAUAACUCCAUCGGUGUUCGAGAUCGCGAUCGUAAACGAGGAGUACCAUGGACAGAAGAAGAACAUAGACUAUUUUUAUUAGGGUUACAAAAAGUAGGAAAAGGUGAUUGGAGAGGAAUUUCAAGAAACUUUGUGAAAACGAGAACACCAACACAGGUAGCCAGUCAUGCUCAGAAGUAUUUCUUAAGGAGAAGCAAUUUGAACAGAAGAAGACGGAGAUCCAGUUUAUUUGAUAUUACAACUGAAGAAGAAGAAUCAACAGGUGAAAAUCAAAAUCAUAUUCCUAUUUCGCCUUCGUAUUCAAACGGUGAAUUAGGAUUUUCAUCAUCGUCGGCAUCAUCUUUUCAAUUGAAUCUUGGGAUUUCAGCCUCAUCAUCCGUUGAUGAUUUAACAAGUCUUAACAAGCAUCGGUCAAACAUUAUCCGUCCUAUACCGGUGUUUCCGAUCCCUCCAUCGUCGAGGAUGGGAAAUCUCAGUUUAGAUUCAAAGAAAUCAAAAUCUAAGGUGGAUGACUAUCAUCCACAACAUCAUCAAUCUACUGUUUUAUCGCUUAAUCUGGGAAGCACUUCUGUAUCAUCUUCGAGUCAACAACAGCAAACAAUAUCGAAUUCCUCAAGGCACUCUGCUUCCUAUAACCAGCAGAAUAGUAAUAGUUUUAGUAGCAGUAGUGAUGGGGAUCUUGAUUUGAAUGGUGGAAACGUAAUUAGAGUUGCUUGAUCGAAUUAUAUUAUAGAAUUCAUUCUACUGUAAAAACAAAGAUCAAAUUUUCAGAGAGAAAGAAAGAAUCAAAUUGGUGGUUAGUUGUUUUC